ACCAUUGUAUACUUGUCGCGUCACUAAAAAACGUGUGUUAGUAGCAAUGAUACUUGAAAUUAAUACUUGUAAUCUUAUUUAGAUACGGAAAAAUAUAGUAAUAAAUGGAUGAUAAAGAUCCAACAAGUGUUAUGAAAAUGAUAGAAGAUCUGAGAUCAGGUUCUGAAGCAUAUCGUAGAAGUAAUAGCAACAGUGUGUCUCUAAGGUUGUCUGGUAUUGCAUAUGCACCAGUGGCAUUUAGCGAACCUGAUGAAUGUCCAUCAUCUAAAAAACGAAGGCUAAAUGAUUCUAAUAAUUCUAAUUUAAAUAAGGCUGAGGUUGAAAAUGUUGAAAUUGUUCCAACUAGUCCAUGGGAAUUUAGAAGAUUAAAAGGACAGAUCGUGUCCUUAAAAACAAGAUUAUCUCAUCAGGAAGCUGCUGUACAACAGCUUCAUAAAAUACGUAGACAAAUGGAAGAGGUUUUUGAAAAGGAAAAAGGUAUUUUACAAAUGCAGGUGGAACAGGAUAAGCAAAUGAUUAAGCAACUGGAAGUACGUCUUGAUAUUUCACGUAGAACAAUUCAGGAUGCACGCGAUGCACAGGUCGCUGCAGAGAAAGAAUUGUUUCAGGUAAAAACAAAUUUGGAGCAGAAAACUAUGUUACUAAUGAACGAAAAUGCGAAGCUGUUGGAAAAUCUUAAAAAUGCGCCUGUACAAGAGAGUACGCCAGCAAAAAAAACUUCUACUGAUGUAUCUGAAACACAACUAAAACUGGAUGCGGCUCAAACAAGAAUAACACAGCUGGAAGAAAAAUUAAAGGAAUACCAAACUAAGCAACAGGAGCUAGAAUUGCAAAAUGUGGAACUCCAAAGUACGAAAAUAAAGGUUGAAAGACUGGAAUCAGAAAAAGCGUUAUGGGAAGAAGGGAAGUUGUUAACUGUGAGAGCAGCGAGAGCGAGUGAUCUUCAAAAAGAGCUCAAUGCUGCGAAAGAAACUAUUGCUACAUUAAGGGAAUCUGUUCGAGGAAAAUUACUUUUAGAAGAACAAAUGGCCAGUGUAACAAAAAGAUUAGAACAUACAGAAAAAUUGGAGCAACAGGUUGCCUCAUUUGAGGCCAAAAAAACGGAGCUUUCAUUGUCUCUGGCCAAAUAUGAAUCUAUUGGAAUUACCGGUGGACCAAUUAUUCUAAAACGUGAAUUAAAUCGUUUGCAACAAGCCGAAUUAGUCUUGAAAGCAGAAGAAGGACAGCUUAGAUCUAAACUGGACGCUGCGUUGAGAGAAUCGCAUACAUUGUCAAAGAAUUACGAGGAUGCCAAAAAAUUGGUCAUGGAUGUUACAGAUUCCAAGGAACAAUUAAACAAAUUAGUGAGCAGGUUACAAAAAAAGACGAUGCUUGUUACAAGAGAAAGGGACAGUUAUCGACAACAGUUGGACUUGUAUGAAAAGGAGAUGACGAUAGACAGUAAUAAUGCGAUGACCGAAAGAAUUCCUGCAUUGGAGCGCACAAUAGAUGUUUAUAGAGAAUUAGUUGCCAAAUUAGAGAGUGAUCUCCAAGCAGCCGAGAGUCAUAAUCAAACAGAUGAAUGUAAUAAAUUAAAGGAGGAAGUUGAACGAUUGAAGGGUGAAUUGGAACAUCGAGCACUGAAGGGCGAUUUUAAUUGCAAUGCGAGAAUAUUGCAUUUUACCAUGAAUCCUGCUGCUAUCGCAGAGCAACAAGCGGAGGAGAAACAAAAGGCGUUGUUACGCGAGGUGGAGGAGUUGAGGACAAAAGUAGCGCAAGGUGGAGCCAACACGACGACAUUCGUUCUUCAAGCACAAGAAAUAGCGGAACUCAAACAGACCCACGAGAUCAAAAUAGCUCGCCUGAAGGAGGCCUUCAAGGCAUCGUCGCAAGAAUACCGGCAAGCUUGUUACCAAUUGUUUGGUUGGCGAGUGGACAGGACGAAGGAGGGUCGAUACAAAUUAUCUAGUCAAUACGCCGAAUCGCCAGAGGACUUUUUAUUUUUUAAAGUUGGGGAGGAGGGAGUGGACCUUCUAGAGACCGCGUUCUCUGCAACGCUUGGCACAUUGGUGGAGCGUCACCUGCAGCAUCAACAUAGCGUGCCUAUGUUUCUAAACGCAGUGCAAACAGAUCUGUUUAAUCAGCAAACUAUGACGAACGUUAUGAGCUGAUCUUCGUAAUUGUCAUUGGGUUUGAUCUGUUUUUGUACUUCAAGACACGGUCAAAAGUCAGUUUAUCACUAGCCAUUCUUUCAAAUCGAUUUCAAAAAAAGGAACAAGAGUUUCGUAACUCGUUCAAAGUGUACAUAUGAUUUUUUUUUUUGAAAAAUUUACUUUGUUACAUCGAUUAUACUAGGUUUCUCAUGUUUGUACGUCUUUUUUUUUUUAUUGCUAGUAGA